CCCGCCUGUGGAAGCUCCUGACCUUCGUCGUGGCGCUGCCCGGGGUCGGUGUCUGCAUGCUGAACUGCUACCUGAAAGGACAGCACGAGCACGAGCGGCCCGAGUUCGUUCCGUACACUCACCUCCGGAUCAGGACCAAGCCUUUCCCAUGGGGUGAUGGGAACAAAACUCUGUUCCACAACCCCCAUGUUAAUGCUCUCCCAACCGGUUACGAAGACGAAAACUAA